AAGGUUUAUGCACAUAGAAUUGGAACAAAUCAAUUAGAUGAUAUACUUAUUUAUGAAGAAUUAGAUGAUACAAUAUUUGUAGACAUUACAAGUUCAAAAGAUGGAAAUUAUAUAACCAUUAAUUCAAAUACCCUUUCAUCUUCUGAAGUUAGAGUUGUAGAUGCUAAAUAUACAUUCGAAAAUAAAUUAUUACCACAACUUCGACUUGUUGAACCUCGUCAACCAGGCAUUGAAUAUUACGUAGAUCAUCAUAAUGACACAUUUUAUAUAUUGACAAAUGCUGAUAAUGCAAAAAACUUCAAAUUAGUAAAAACACCUGAUAAUGCAAUAGCAAAGUCCAAUUGGAAAGAUGUCAUUACGAUGCAGCCUACUGAGAAAAUAGAAGAUGUUGAUUUAUUUAAAAAUAACGUCAUUAUUUAUGGUCGAAAAGAUGGACUUCCAAUGAUAUUAUGUUAUGAUCUUGAUCUGAAAAAAACGCAUCAACUCGAAUUACCAGAGAAAUUUUGUGUUUUAAAUCCAGGCACUAAUUUGGACUUUAAUACAGAUAAAUUUCGAUUUUCAAUCACUUCCCCAUUUAUGCAUGAAUCUACGUAUGAAUACAAUAUGUCGACUCAUACAUUAAGCCCUAUUAGAGUCCAACUUAUUCAAAGUAAGUGUAUAUGCGUAAAUCCUGUAUUAAUGAAAUCUUAUGGCGCUUAUGGUACAUCUACUGAUGUUGGAUUCCGAAUAGAACAAUUCCCUUUGAUAGAACGUGGAUGGGUCAUUGCAUUAGCUCACGUUAGUUUCAAGGAUUUUAUAUCGGUUGCAGAACAUUUAGUAAAAUACAAAGUAACCUCGCCUAACUAUCUCACUGCUAUGGGAACAAGUGCAGGUGGUCUACUGGUGGGUGCUAUGCUACAUAUGAGGCCUGAUCUUUUUAAAGCACUUGUUCUAAGAGUGCCUUUUGUAGAUCCAUUAUCUUCCAUGCUAAAUCCUAAAUUACCAUUAACUCAGAUUGAAUAUCCUGAAUGGGGGAACCCUUCCAGAAACCCUAAAGCCUAUGAUCUUAUCAAAUCUUAUUCACCUUACGAAAAUAUCAACAUGAACCUAUUUCAAACACAUCAGCAACUUCCCUCGUUGUAUAUUACGGGUGGUAUGAAGGAUCAACGUGUAGCUUAUUGGCAGCCUUUAAAGUUUGUAGCAAGACUUCGACAUUUUAUGCCACCUCAACAAGAAAACAACAAGUCCAUCGUCUUACUUAAAAUGGAUUUAGAUAGCGGUCACUUUGGAGGAAAUCAUGGGGAGCAAGAAUCAAGAUUAUCUGAUGUCGCUGAACAAAUAGCCUUUUUAAUAACUCAAGUGCAACAUGUUUAA